UACAGAGCGGCGCGGCCGGCCCGCGAGCGCCGCCCUGGCGGAGCGGAGGCCGCGCAGGAAGUGACGGCGCUGUCAGCGGCCGCGGGGUUCCGGCAGCGCCGGCCCGUGCCCGCCCGCCUCUCUGAUGCGGCAUUGGAAGCGGAGCGCGCCGCUAUGGAGCGCAGGGAUGGAGGCCACGCUCUGCAUCCACACAUGCCUUUGGCUCAGCGCCGCCUGGGUCCCGCUCGCCUCCUCCUGCCCCGGGGAGCGCACGGGCGCUGCGCCCCGGCCCGGUGAGCUCAGCUGGGCCGUCAGCCUGGACGCGCCCGAGGACGAGCUGGAGCAGCGCGCCGAGGAGCUGGCCCGCGCCGCGGGGCUGGUGAACAUGGGCCGCGUCGGGGAGCUCCGGGGCCAUUACCUGUUCCGGGCCGAGCGCGGCGGGCGCGGCGGUGCCGAGGCCGUGAGGAGGGCGGUGGACGCGGUGCUCGCCCAGCACGGCAGCGUGCGGUGGCACGCGGAGCAGAGGCUGCUCAAGCGCUCCAAGCGCAGCCUGCACUUUAACGACCCCAAAUACCCGCUGCAGUGGCACCUGAACAACCGCAGGAGCCCCGGGAAGGACAUCAACGUCACGGGGGUGUGGGAGCGGAACGUGACGGGGCGCGGCGUGACGGUGGUGGUGGUGGAUGAUGGCGUGGAGCACACCAUCAAGGACAUCCAGCCGAACUACAGCCCGGAAGGCAGCUACGACUUGAACUCCAACGAUCCCGACCCCAUGCCUCACCCUGACGAGGAGAACGGCAACCACCACGGGACGCGCUGCGCCGGGGAGAUCGCUGCCGUGCCCAACAACAGCUUCUGCACCGUGGGAGUCGCCUACGGGAGCCGCAUCGCAGGCAUCCGAGUGCUGGACGGGCCCCUCACCGACAGCAUGGAGGCCAUUGCCUUCAACAAGCACUAUCAGAUCAAUGACAUCUACAGCUGCAGCUGGGGUCCAGAUGAUGAUGGGAAAACCGUGGAUGGCCCCCAUCAACUGGGAAAGGCUGCCCUGCAGCACGGCGUCAUCGCAGGGCGCAGGGGCUUUGGGAGCAUUUUCGUGGUGGCCAGCGGCAACGGCGGGCAGCACAACGACAACUGCAACUAUGAUGGUUACGCCAACUCCAUCUACACUGUCACCAUAGGUGCGGUGGACGAGACAGGCUCCAUGCCCUUCUAUGCCGAGGAAUGCGCCUCUAUGUUAGCAGUGACCUUCAGCGGCGGGGACAAGAUGAUGAGGAGCAUUGUGACCACGGACUGGGACCUGCAGAAGGGCACGGGCUGCACGGAGGGGCACACCGGGACCUCAGCCGCUGCUCCGCUCGCAGCAGGGAUGAUCGCCCUGAUGCUGCAGGUACGGCCCUGCCUCACCUGGAGGGAUGUCCAGCACAUCAUCGUCUUCACCGCCACCAAGUACGAGGACCGGCACGCCAAGUGGGACACCAACCGGGCGGGCUUCAGCCACAGCCACCAGCACGGCUUCGGGCUGCUCAACGCCUGGAGGCUGGUGAACGCUGCCAAGGUCUGGGAGUCGGUCCCGUUCCUCGCCUCCUACGUGAGCCCGGCCCUGCGGGAGGGCCGGAGCAUCCCGCUGCUGCCACGGGAGCUGGAGGCUGCCUGGAACGUCAGCACCGCAGACCUGGAGCAAUCCGGGAUGAGAACCCUGGAGCACGUGGCCGUCACCGUCACCAUAACCCAUCCCCGCCGCGGCAACCUGGAGAUCCGGCUCUUCUGCCCCAGCGGAAUGAUGUCCCUGAUAGGCACCGCCAGGAGCAUGGACUCGGACCCCAAUGGCUUUGCUGACUGGACCUUCUCCACGGUCAGGUGCUGGGGCGAGGAGGCGCAGGGCACCUACAGACUGGUCAUCAGGGACAUGGGAGACGAGAGCCUCAGGCCUGGGACCUUGAAGCAGUGGCAGCUGACCCUGUACGGCUCCUCCUGGUCCCCAGUGGAGAUGAAGGAGCGGCAGAGGCUGCUGGAGGAGGCCAUGAGCGGGCAGUACCUGAGCAGCGACUUCUCCCUGCCCUGCCCUCCAGGCCUGGAGAUCCCAGAGGAGCAGCGCUUCACCAUCACCGCCAACACCCUCAAGACCCUCCUGCUGCUCGGAUGCUUCGCUGUGUUCUGGACUUUCUACUACAUGCUGGAGGUCUGCCUGACCAGGAACAACGCGGGGCUGGACCUGGCCUGCACCGGCUCCACCGCCUGCAGAUGGUACCAGCAGGGAGGGAAGCACAGAGCCCUGGAGAGCGGCCUGGAGAUGGAGUCCGUGCCGCUGUACCGGGAGAAGGGCCCGGAGGAUGUGGAGCUGGAGUGUGAGCACCCGGAGCCAGGCCGGGAUGGGGAGGAGCGGUCCUGGAGCCCCAAAGCGCCCAGUGGCCGGGAGGCGACGGCAGAGCUGCUGGGGGAGGACGGGGAGCAGCGGCCGUGCUAGCUGGGGCUGGGGGUGAGGCUGUGACACCCCCUUGGUACGGGUACAUCCUUCCCUGCACGGGCUCCCUGAGCCCUGUGUCCCGCGGGAGGUGGCAGGAAGCGGCUCAGGAUGCAGGAGGAGAGUGCUGGCAGCGGAAGGGGAGCUUCCCCUUCCCUCGCUCUGGAGCACAAAGCAAGCCUUAAACCUAUUCCUAAGGAGCCUGCCCUGCAGUGAUGCUCAGGGCUUCCCCACAGCGAGC